AAAUUCCCUUUAUUAGAGAGUGUGUUAUACCUGAACAUUUUCAACCCGAAUACAAAUUAGUCCAACUCGAAGUGCGGGUAUCGAAUACGGAGCGAAAAAGGAGGAGGAAAUCCUCUCUUUCUGCCAAUAUUUUGCAGCUAAGAAGUGAAAGACAUGAUGAGCUAUAUAGAUAGAGAGUAAUAAAUAUAGCCUUUCAUUUCAUCAUCCCAUCAUCCACAUCUCUUUACUGUUCCUGACUCAUAUCUCUUCUCUCUCCAUCUACUCAUAUAUACCAAAAAUACACUACUGUGCUUCUCUUUCCCUAUAGUUUGCAGGGUUCAAUGGCUGAAGGAUUUGAAGCAUACCAUGUCCCACAACAAAGCAGAAGAGAUCGGCUUCGAGUCUCUGAUUGUGUUGCUUUACUUCCCUUUUACAAUGAUCCACCAUCACUACUCACUAUCCCUUCAGAUUUGGAAAAAGGUCUUCAUUUGAUGGAUCCACAAUCCUCUUUUCAAGAAAUUAACCCCAACCCUUUUCUUUAUAACCCUCAUCAAAAUCUUCGAUUUCUUGAUCACUCGUCGCCUUUUCAUAAUAUGCUGUAUAAACAAGAACUAUCAUCAGCUCAUGAGGCAAAUAUUAUUAGCAACAACGACAAUAAUAAUAAUAGUAGUAGUAGUCUUAAUAAUGUUACAACAGGUCAAGGUUUAUCUUUGUCUUUAUCAUCUCAUAAUCCUCAUCAAAGGAGUAGUAAUAGUAGUAGCGUUCCACUGGAGCUGAAUUUACAACGAUAUGACUCAUCAAUAUUCUCAACUGACAUGUCAUCAAAGAGUAGUAGUACUAUUCUUGGACCAUUCACUGGGUAUGCUACAAUUCUCAAGGGAUCAAGAUUCUUGAAGCCCGCACAACAGUUGAUGGAUGAAGUGUUUGAUGUGGAUAGAGGGAUUUAUUCUGAGAAAUUAUUAGCAGCUGGUGAUGAUGAUUCUUUAGUAGUGAUGGAUCCUUCAACAGAUACACCACCUAUAGGUGAUGAUGAUGGAAGUGAGCACAGGAAAAACAAGUCCAAGUUAAUUUCAAUGCUUGAUGAGGUAUACGGAAGGUACAAGCAGUACUAUCAACAGCUACAAAGGGUAGUGGCAUCAUUUGAAUCAGUUCCUGGACUUGGGAAUGCAGCCCCAUUUACAAACUUAUCUUUAAAAGCUUUGUCCAAACAUUUUAGGUGCCUAAAAAAUGCCAUCACUGACCAACUGAACUACACAAUCAAAUCUCAUAGACAAAUAAAUUGUGAUGAUUCUACCAGUACAAGAUCAGUCGGGAAAGGCAGCCUUUAUAGUUAUAAUUGCCAAAGAGCAGCAAUCCACAAUGCUGGAUUUGUUGAGCAUCAUCAGCCUGUUUGGAGACCACAAAGAGGUCUACCGGAGCGUGCUGUAACUGUUCUCAGGGCUUGGUUGUUUGACCAUUUCUUGCACCCUUAUCCCACAGACUCUGACAAAGUAACGUUGGCCAAACAGACUGGUCUCUCCAGGAAUCAGGUUUCUAACUGGUUUAUCAAUGCAAGAGUUAGACUGUGGAAGCCUAUGGUUGAAGAGAUACACAUGCUAGAAACUAGGCAAGCUCACAAAUCUGCUUCACAAAGGCAGGGCCAAAACAACAACAAUAAUCCCAUUGAACAUUUUCCCACGAGUAAUAAUUCACUUCCAUCUACAUCAGCACAACAAUUUCAACAAGUUCCAUCGAAACGAACGCGAAAUAAUGAUCCAGCAGAUCAAGUGAAUUUAUCAUACGACAAUUUUUCAUCUCAUUCUCGUGUUGGAGUUGAUCAAAUGAGUGCGUCGUCAGGUGGAAAUGGUGGGGUGUCACUAACGUUGGGACUUCAUCAGAACAAUAGUGGAAUUGGAAUUGCAGGUUUAUCAGAGCCCUUUCCAAGAAAUGCAGCGCGGCGUUUUGGUAUCGAUGCAAAUAAUGAGGGAUUCUUGUUUGGUGGUGGAUUUGAAGCACAAAAUCGUCAGUUAGGAAGAGAUCAUAAUAUUAUUGGAGGGCAACUGUUGCAUGAUUUUGUUGGUUGAAUAUUAUAUGCUUCUUCUGUAUUUUGUAGCCUUGUAUUGACAGAUACGAAUCAAGGAUUUAUAUAUAUUCAGUGGGUUCAAAAUGA